AUGCGAAUUUUUUUGAUAACAAGUUGCAUAUUUGCAAUUGCUGUUGCAGCACCACAAGGAUACAAUUAUAAUGGACCAUCAUAUUCAGUUGGAUCUGCAGCAAAUUUUCAACAACAGUAUUCAGUAGGUGGCUCAUUCGGUGGUGGUGUACAGUAUUCUGGUGGAAGCUCAGGUGUAGGUGGUAGUUCACUUGCUUUCAAUUCAUUUAAUCCUGCACCAGCUCUUCCUUCAGCAAGUAGUGUUGCAGCUGCACAUAGAGCACGUCCACAUACACAAAGACGUGUUUUACCACCAAUAAUAUCAAAACAUGUUUAUUUGCAUUCAGCCCCUGAAGAACCAGAUGAAGAAGUUUUCGAAGAUAAUUCAUCUGAACAACAACAUAGACAUUAUAAUGUUGUAUUUAUUAAAGCACCACAUCAAUCUGUUAAAACGAUAGCAGCACAAACUGCUCAAGCCAUUAAUGAAGAAAAAACAGCUAUUUAUGUAUUAAGCAAGAAAAAUGAUGUUUCUGAAAUUCGUCAAGCUAUUUCUAAUGUUCCACAUCAUCCAGCUAAACCAGAAGUAUUCUUUGUUAAAUAUAAGACACCAGAAGAAGCUCAACAUGCUCAACAAACAAUUCAAUCUCAAUAUGAAAGUCUCGGUGGUUCUACGCAUGUUUCGGAUGAAGGUUUUGCUCCAGUAUCAUCAGUUGUUGGUGCUUUCGAUGUUGGACAUGUUGGUGGACAUUCUGGUGGUAAUGGCGGUUUCAGUAAUGGUGGUUUCAGUAACGGUGGUUUCAGCAGUGGUGGUCAUGUAUCUGGUGGUGGAAAUGGUUUUGUUAUUUCCGGAGGUGAUAAUUUUAUUAGUGCUGGCAGUAAUAUUGCUAGAGCAACGUCAGCUUCAUAUCUACCACCAAAUAAAGUUUAA